AUUCGUCUUCUCGUGCAGCCUUCAUCCUUUGAAUCACUCGUUCUGAGAAUGCGCUCCAAGAGGAUCUUCCUGUCUGCAAACAGCGAAUACUCAUCGUCUUGUCUUUACUUAGUUGCCUAUUUUUCACUAAUCGAUUAAAUGGUUUGGAGAAGCCGAUUUGUAUUAAGACAUCAGUAGAAGAAUUAAGAAGAAAGUAGAGACUCAAUUUUUAUAGGGAUACUGAUGAUAAAAUGAUGAUAACGGGCGAUUUUUUCACAAUAGGCAGAUAAAAAGAUAUCGAUUAUACGUACCACAAUAAUCCAAGGAUCAUAACAUUUUAUGAACAUUUAAUAUCCAUAGUAGGAUAUAUUAAUUCGAUAACUUUGGAAUUAUCCAUUUCCGAAAUAACUAUUUUAAUUGAAUUAUAGUAUAUAAUAAUUAAUUGAAUUAAGUUGCUGAUGACACGGAAAAGAAAUGAUCGAACGAUACUCUCAAUUCUCUUAAUGCCAGAGGAACGCUUGGUAUAAUUCAACAAGGGUGCUAGCUGAUAGUCGUAAGUGAUGGACAUUGGUAAUGUGCUGCAUCUGCUUUGCCACGAAGCGGAGGAGUGUUCUCGGCUGUUCGAGCUUUUAUUAAACAGCCUCUUUGUUCUGUGGAAAAGAUACACAAAAGCGAGAAUGAUUGUCUCGUUGAAAAAAAGAAACGGAAAAGAAAGAAAAAAGUUAAAUUCUCCGAAGAAGAUUACACUUUUCCAAAAGCACCUCCUCAUUUAGACAUAUCCUUGCUGAUAUUUAAUAAAAAUUGGAACGUGUGCCCCGUCAUUAACUUAUGACUAACAACAUAUUUAUAUAUUAUAUAUUUAAACAGAAAAAUAAGUAUCGAGAAAGAAAUCCGAAAAAUCUUCGAUGAUGUAAUUGUUACCAGAACAAAGUCAAAGUCGGAGGAAGUAUCACGAGUUGCUAAAUGAACGUGGAAAAGCAUGAACUCGGUAAAUCGAUGGUCGGAUUCGUGUCUUUUCCAUGGUAGACUAAUUUCACUUGGCCCAGAAACUCUGAGUAUAAACGUAUCGUGCGGAUGGGAGGGAAGAAAUCUUUGGAGAAUAGCGAAGAGGGGUACCGAAAGAAAAGUAUAACAUCCCUGUCUCGAAGACCUUGCAAUCUCUUCUCCCCAUUCACCGUUGCUAGUUCUUGCACCACCCACAUUUCGUGGACUCCAGUGACGUCACACAGAAUACAUUGUGGAACCGGCACAGUUACCGUUAAAUGGGGUGAGCCAACACUCCUCUUCAACCCCAUGAAAAGUCUUAUCCGACCAAUGGGGGAACUUCGCACUACUGUGCGUCGACCAAUCGCGAACAGAUCGUCAUUGAGAAGGACACGUACACGGAGGGGACCGAGGUCUUAAGAAGAGCAGAAGACACUGGUACCGGGACACUGUCGCACGCGGUGCUUAGAGGGACGAUUCAUUGGACUAAAAGCUAUUGCCGAUUCCGUCGAGAGGAACUGUUUCAGUGUUAUCCAAGUUCAACAUUUAGAUAGAUAUUUAAAUAGAAAUACUUACUUGCAUCGUUCGAUUGAUUUUCUUAUCGGUGAGCGAAAGUAUUAUAUGUUACAGCAGAGAUAGAAAAUUUGGUUGAAAAAUUAGAAAGUUUGUUCAGUUUGAACCGAGGAUCAGUAUGAGUGGUUCCGGAAAGGGCCUUCUCGGGGUGUGGCUAUACAGAAGAGGCGAACACUGGGCCAUUAAAGAAGGAAGUCCCAUACAUAAGUCGAGCGAUAUCCCCAUGGUCGAGCGGAAAUCGAACAGCGAUAAUAAAAGUUCUGUCGUUUUUUCCUUGAAAAACCAAAUCGGUGGCUUGGCACGAGCUCUGCAAGUUUUUCAGGACCUGGGUGUGAAUGUUAUUCAUAUCGAAUCACGGAAAUCAUUGCGUCGCGGUUCGGAAUUCGAAAUUCUCGUCGAUGUUGAAUGUGAUUCGAAAAGAAUGGAACAGUUGACGAGGAUGUUGAGCCGAGAAGUCGCCGCCAUUAAUUUGGCACAGUACGAGCAAACAGGAAAUAUUCCUCAUGCUCCGUCACUUUCCGCCGCUCCGAGUUUUGAUUUCAGCGAAGUAGAUAUGCCCUGGUUUCCACGAAAAAUAUCGGAUCUAGAUCAAGCUCAAAAUGUGCUCAUGUAUGGAUCCGAAUUAGACGCGGAUCAUCCAGGCUUUAAAGACCCGGUGUAUCGUAAACGUCGUGUGCAAUUUGCGGAUAUCGCAAACAAUUACAGAUAUGGUCAACCAAUUCCUCGCGUUCAAUACACGCCAGAGGAGAUCAGAACUUGGGGAACCGUUUUCCGCGAAUUGCAUCAGCUUUAUCAGAAACAUGCUUGUAAGGAAUAUCUGGAAAAUUGGCCAAAACUGGAGAAAUACUGUGGCUAUAGAGAGGAUAAUAUACCACAGUUGCAAGAUGUAAACGUUUUCUUGAAGCGAACAACUGGAUUUCAACUUCGACCCGUAGCAGGCUACCUUACACCAAGAGAUUUUUUGGCCGGUCUUGCUUUUCGAGUAUUUCAUUGUACACAAUACAUUCGACAUUCGUCCGAUCCUUUUUAUACGCCUGAACCGGACUGCUGUCACGAAUUGUUAGGACACAUGCCGCUUCUGGCGAAUCCAAGUUUCGCACAAUUCUCGCAGGAACUUGGACUUGCUUCGCUUGGAGCUUCGGACGAGGACAUCAAUAAAUUGGCAACUCUCUAUUUCUUUACGGUGGAAUUUGGAUUAUGCAAGCAAGAUGGUAUACUUCGCGUUUACGGAGCUGGUUUAUUGUCUUCUGUCGCGGAACUGAAACAUGCUGUGUCCGUUCCCGAGAAGACGUUCCGAUUCGAUCCAGAAGUGACUUGCAAGCAAGAAUGCAUCAUUACCGCGUUUCAAAAUGCGUACUAUUACACGGAUAGCUUUGAGGAAGCAAAAGAAAAAAUGCGAGCAUUUGCGAACCAAAUACAACGACCAUUUGGAUUACGCUAUAAUCCCUACACUCAAUCAGUGGAAGUUCUCACGGACGCUCAAAAAAUCACGGCGGUAGUCAGUGAACUUAGGGGUGACCUCUGUAUCGUCUCAAAUGCCCUAAAGAAGAUACACGAACAGGAUGAUACGGUGGACGUUGAGAGGAUAACAAGCCUUUUAACUCAAGGUAUCGAAUUACCUCAAGAUUCUUCGUCUUCUGACAGCGAUGUUGAUAGAAGUCCUAAUGUCGAGUCGCCUGAGAAACCAAUAAAAAAUCAGAAUAAAAACUAUUCUUCUGACAAUAUUGUUGUUAACUCAUAAACGUUAUUUCUGUAAACGUAGUAUACGAAUAGAACUAUCAAAAUUAGAAAUUAUGAUUAUACGUAUAUAAUUAUAGAGUUUAGCAAUAUGUAUAUGAAAUAUGCACAGUUGUCUAUGCUUGUAGAAAACGAUAUUUAAAUUAGAAGAUUACUAAAGUUGCAUUAAGUAGAAUGAAAAUGAAUAAAAAAUUAUAUGAAGUAUAGUAA